AUGAGUACAACACCAUUAUUUAUACUAGGAUCAACUGGAUUGGUUGGUGAACAAGUUGUCAAAUAUGGUCUCACAUCAAAAGAUUUCAAUAAAAUAAUAACUUUAACAAGAAGUAAACCAGAUUUUGCCACCAAUGAAAAAGUAGAAUCAAUUGUAAAUACAACAACAUCAGAAUGGCCUAAAUUAAUAACUAGUUUGCAAACACCUCCAAAAGCUUAUAUAUCAUCAUUUGGUACAACAAGAGCAAAAGCAGGAUCAGCUGAAAAUUUUAAAAAAAUAGAUUAUGGAAUAAAUUAUGAAUGCGCAAAAGCUGCAAAAGAAGCAGGAGCAACUACUUGUGUAUUAGUAAGUGCAAUGGGAGCAGAUUCAAAAUCUCCCUUUUUAUAUAUGAAAACAAAAGGAGAAUUAGAAAAUGCUAUAAAAGAUUUAAAUUUUGAUUAUACUAUAAUUUUAAGACCUGGAGUUUUAGUUGGUAAUAGAAAAACUGAUCAUGGUUGGGGUAAUUCUAUAGCUAUGACAGUGGGAAGAUGGACAAAGGGAAAUUGGUUAUCUCCAUUAACUAGAGCUAUUGAUGUUAAUGAUGUUGGGAAAAUUGCUAUUGAUUUUGCUGAACGUGGAUUAAAACAAGAUUUAAGAGAGAAUGUAUUAAUUGUUAGUGGGGCUGAAUUGUGCGAAUUGGCUGAAGAUUUAAAAGUUGUGUAA